ACGCCCUUGCAAAAAACUCAGUAAGAUAAACAUCGACAGUAAAAUAUUCAGUUCCAAUUAGAAAAUUCAAUUUUCGUGGAUUUUUCCAAACAUUAAUUAAUUCGAGGAAUCUCAGCUUGUAGUUAAACUACAAAAUGUCGCAAGAAGUUGAGGAAACUUUAAAGAGAAUCCAGCAGCACAAAGGAGUUGUAGGCACAAUAGUAGUCAAUAAUGAAGGUGUAGCCGUUAAAAGUACAUUAGACAACACAUCAACAGUUCAAUAUGCUGGAUUAAUGGGACAGCUCGCGGAUAAAGCACGAAGUGUUGUACGAGAUUUAGAUCCAUCAAAUGACCUAACAUUCCUUAGAAUUCGCUCAAAAAAGCAUGAGAUUAUGAUCGCACCUGAUAAAGAUUUCAUUAUGAUUGUGAUUCAAAAUCCAACAGACUAAAAGUGCUGUUGCCUUUACUUAAAUUAUUUAAAUCCAAGAUGCUUAUUAUCGUACACAACUUACUCAUUUAAUAAAAUUUUCCGUAUAUGCUUUUCAUAACAGA